AUAAUGAUUGCUCAAGAAAGCUUUGGAUCUAUAUCUUAAAGACUAAAGACCAAGUGUUGGAGUGUCUUUAAACAAUUUCAAACUUCAAUUGAAAGAGAAACUGAAAGAAAACUAAAAUGUAUUCGUACGAAUAAUGACGAUGAAUAAUAUGGACCAUUUGGCGAAUACUACAAGCAUCAACGUAUUAGACACCAGAAACUUCUCCCAAAGAGUCCUCAGCUUAAUGGGAGUCGGUCGCCGUUAACAGAGGAGGACGAGACACGAUUCAGAACUACUGAGAGACAGGUAAGCCAUCCGUGUUUCCCAUCGGCAUCAUGGGAUAAGAGGGAAUUUGUUCCUCUCACCGCUGAGAUGCUCCAAACGUUUUUCGAAGAACAACAAAGUGCACCGUCUAGUAGUGUGAUCUUAACUACUAGUGUGCUCUCAAGGGAGGAGAAGCGAGAAAAACUUGCCUUGAUGGGUCCUAUCUAACACCAUAUUGCAUGUGUGAUGGUACCUCACAUCCCCCAGCUUUUGCCCCAAUUUUUCUCGCAUACAAACGUCAGAUUCGUCAAUCCCAUGUAAAGGGUUUGAGAAUUUCCUUUUGCUUAAAUUUCUGAAAUCUGAGGCUUCACAUUAAAUCUGUGUUAUGUUGCCCCCUUUUAAAGCUGAAUAUAAUUUCCUGUUGAUGACUAUCCCUGUUCGCCUUUUGGUACCUCAGUAAUGCUAUUAGAACGACAUGAGAAUUUCAGAGGCAAGGGUGAGUUACUGAUGGAAAUGGCUAACCUUGCUAUCCUGAAAUAUAAUGAGAGAGAGUGCAAUGUUUUCAAAUACAAGGUUUUGAAGAUUGAGAAAGUGAAUUAUUUAGUGACGGCAUGCUUUCACUAUUGGAUGACUGUUAAAGCGUUAACUCUCACUCUUGGUAGUCCUAUCGAGACUUUUCAAAUCCAUGGUCGUAUGAGUUCCCUCGAUGAUAAAUUUAUCUAUUGUUGCCGACUUAAAGAAGAGGAUAUUGUUGGUUUGCCAAGCUGUGAUGGUUGUUUUGGGAAGCUAAACAGAGAGGAGGUUUAGUUUUGGACUGUUUGAGUUGAGGUAAAGAGUGUAGCCUAGUAGUAAAUGAAAUGGGCGAAGAACAUGAUGCCUCAGGUUCAAAUUUUGUGGAAUUCGUUGAGGUGUGCACAAACUUGAUCAAGAUACUUCAAUAUGAAAAAUAGUUAACUUUUUGUUAGUUCUCAUUCUAUAUGUAAAUUCAUCACAGUUAGAAGGUUGUUUUAGAAACCUUGUUCUUUAUGAAAUUGCCUAUAUAUUUCUA